AUGGCAGCUGGCGUAGUGCCACUUUGGGGGCCCCAAACAUCCUAUCUCAAUUUCUGCGAAGAGGACUACGUGAUCACUCGAUAUGUGGCUGAAUUCAUAAACACAUUCAGCAGUCUUGUCUAUAUUUUAUAUGGUAUUCAUGGCCUGGUACAGCUUCGACAGAAGGACAAUGCUACCCUCCGCCGAGUCUCUUACUGCGGCCUGAUUGGAGUUGGCGUCUGCUCUGGUGGUUAUCAUAUGACGCUUAAAUACCACACCCAGAUGUCGGAUGAGCUGUCGAUGCAUCUUUUGACAACACCUCUUCUAUAUCGGAUUCUCACGUUCCAGACAAGCCCGGAGCGCACCAGACUCAUCGGAGGCAUUCUUUUGGCCAUGUUCACUAUCGUCAUGGUUGUCCACAUGGUGAUGGACGAGUUCCUUUUGCACGCCGUUUCUUUUGGACUGGCAGUAUGGUUGAUUGCCAGGCGAACUAUUAAGAUGAUUCCCGAUCAAAUCCCUGAUCUUCUGUUCAGGAAGAAGAUCCAACGACUUUCAUUUUUUGGGUGUUUCUUUUUUCUCUUUGGAUACUCCGUGUGGCUCAUCGACGAGUUCGCGUGUGCACACCUUACUCGGAUUCGACACGCGAUCGGUUUGCCGUUGGCAUUUCUAUUCGAGUUCCACGGAUGGUGGCAUGUGUUUACCGCGAUUGGAGGAUAUGUCGCUGUUACGACAGUGGACCUAAUAACCUCGGGUGAAGUCCAUGAAGACCGUACAGCUAGCCUGGCCUGGCCCGUCCCCCUGAUGGCAAGGCUCGUCCACCCAAGUGCGGAGGCCAAGAAACAAGGUUGA